AUCCCCCGAAAUUUUCUUGCAAAAUCAGAACCCACACAACUUAUGAACUCCAAAAUGCACAAAUCAUAUGAACUCCAGCUUAUAAACUCCAAGCAGCUUCCAUAUCGUAUGAACUCCUCAAACAACUUCCAGUUCGCAUGAAUCCUCUAAUCUCUCUUAAAUCCUCAAAUCAAACCAAAAUCUUCACUGAAUCUUCAUUGAAUCUCUCUCAAAUCCUCAAAUCGUACCAAAAUCGAACCUCACUCUCAAAAUUGAAUCUCCUUCCUUCUUCCAAAAUUGUUCCCUCAAAUCUUUCCUUUUGUCAAAACUCACGUGAACUCACUCACAUUUCUGAAUCCAAAAGUGAAGUUGCUCCGAAACAGUAACUAUAGCAGUGUGAGUGAAAAUGAAUAAGAUGAGGCUGCAGGAGCUUUGUCACCAAAGAAAGUGGAGUUUGCCUAAGUACUCUGCCUUGAAUGUCGAUGGUCCACCACACAAACCAAGCUUUAAGGGCUCUGUCUUUGUCAAUGGUUUAACCUUUACUUCUGAUGCUUUUCAUUCCUCCAAAGAAGCUCACAACCAAGCUGCUCUGAAAGCUUUGCUCAACUUUUCUUCUCCUUCAUCAAGCUCUUCAAUACCAACAAAUGAAUAUAGUUCAGAAGAGAAAGUUGAUGCUGCCAAACCUCAAAAGUAUCCAGUUCCAUCAGAAUUUCCACAUAUUAUAAGUGAUACGGAUUGUUUGAGCAAACUUCAGCAUCAAAACUAUGCUCAAAAUAACAAUCUUGAUUCACCUGUUUUGACAACUGAAGCCGAGGGGCCAUCUCAUGACGUUCAUUAUAAGGCUAGUGUUGUUAUUGAUGCGAAAUCAUUCGAAAGCCCUAUAUUUUUCAACACUAAAAAAGAGGAAGAGCAGGAAGAAUCUCGUUCAUACAAGAGUUUACUUCAGGAACUAACACAGAAAAAAGGUUUUUCCAAACCAACAUAUAAAACUACACAGACUGGUUCCCUUCAUAUGCCAACUUUUUUCUCAGCUGUUGAAGUAGAGGGUGUGGAGUUUCAUGGAAAUGCAUCUAGAUCCAAAAAAGAGGCAGAACGUGAUGCUGCAAAGAUUGCUUACAAGGCCAUAAAAGAUGGUAGACUUAAUAUGUAUGCUGCUUUUUCUUCCUCUAUCAAAAAAAAUCAAGCAGAGCAAUCAACUCAUGAAUCAGACAUUGUUAGAUCCAAGCAGAAACUCAACCUUGAAGGCUCUUCACCAACAGCUGAAUAUGGUUCAAAGACGAAAGUUGAAGAUAUUAAACCUAAAGAGAGUCCAGUUUCUGCACAAUCUCAAGUUAUUAUAACUAAUAUGGAUCGUUUGAGCAAAAAACAGCUACAAAACUAUGCUCGAAAAAACAAUCUUGAUCCACCUGUUUUUACAUUUAAAACUGAGGGGCUACCUCAUGACUUUCGUUAUAAAGCUAUUGUUGUUAUUGAUGGAAAAUCAUUUGAAAGCCCAACAUUUUUAAAUACUAUAGAAGAGGCAGAGCAGGCUACUGCGAAAUUUGCUUUGAGGGAAUUGCCAAUUUCAGCUGACUUGUUUCAGAAGGAUGAAUCUUGUCCAUCCAAGAGUUUACUACUAGAAUUAACACAGAGAGAAGGUUAUUCCAAACCGACAUAUAUGACUACAGAGUCUGGUUCUCCUCAUAUGCCAACUUAUUACUCAACUGUGGAAGUAGAGGGCUUGAAAUUUCAUGGCAAGGCAUCUAGAUCCAAAAAACAGGCAGAUAUUGAUGCUGCAAAGAUUGCUUACAUUGCCUUAAAAGAGUGUGGACUUGAUAUGUAUGCUGCGUUUUCUUCCUCUAUCAAAGAAAAUCAAGCAGCGCAAUCAACUCUUGAAUCAGACAUUGUUAAAUACAAGCAGAUACUCAACAUCGAAGAUAAACUUUCGACUCUGGAGAUAUUGCCUACUGAUGAUGUCAAAGUUAGCAAUGAAUCUUUUCCAAUUCCCCCUAACAAAAAAAUGAAGAUGAGCAGCAUGAACUCUUCAUCUUCACCCAAAUCAACUCCACUUUCACAUACUGAACUUCCUUCUCCUACAAUUUCUGACUCCAACAUGACAAUGACUUCCAAUACAAGUAGUUACCUACUUUGUGACAGAUUCAAGGUGUAUACAAGCUUUCCAGAUACUAUAUUCUCUGAGGAUAUUACAGUUCUGCCUAUCGACGAUGAUAAGUGGGUUGCAGCGUGCCUGGAAUUUCCAAAUGAUAAAAACCUUUGAUUCAUGUGAAAAAGUUUCAUUUAUGACUUUGAUUUCAUGUGUUAGAAAACAUGAUGUUAAAUGUAUGUUGCUACUUGACUUCAAGUAAAACUUUAUAUGGCUUAGAUGUUAUGCAUGUUGGAAUUCAAUUGGAAUUCAAUUUCCAGAGAGACAAAAAUGGUUCUAG